ACAAAUUGGUUCGAUCUAUAAUGUCAUCUAUUGAUGCGAUUGCUGGUAUUUAGUUUUGUAAUAGUUUUGCGUAAAUUAUUGUUUCUAAUGCAUUUUUGUUUUGUUCAUGAUAUCUCCAGCAUGUCCAAGAUCAUCGAUCGUUAUGAGAUACAACAUGCUGAUGAACAAAAAGUCCUAGAUCUUGAGGAAAAAGCUCGGAAUUAUCUUCCACACAAGGAGUUGCUAGAAAUAGUCCAAAGGUCAGCACUAAGAUACCUUUAUCCCCCUUUUCUUCUGAUAAAAAAUAUAUUUUCUUUUCUUUUGGAAACUUAUGAAUACAGAAAGCUUGAAGAACCAGUGGAUAAUGUAAGUGUAGAUUCCUUAAUGUCUAUGGAGGAACAGCUCGAGACUGCUCUGUCCGUAACUAGAGCUAAGAAGACAGAACUGAUGAUGGAGGAUUUGAAGUCCCUUCAAGAAAAGGAGAAGUUGUUGAGAGAAGAGAACCAGUUUCUGGCUAGCCAGAUGGGGCAGAAGACGUUUCUGGUAACCGAAGGUGAGAGAGGAAUGUCACCGGAAAAUAGCUCCGGUAACAAAAUACCGGAGACUCUCCCGCUGCUCAAGUAAUCAUCAUCAUCAACGGCUGAGUCAUAGCCUGAUUCAGAAUUACAAAAAAAAAAAAAAAAUUGUAAAUUAGAAAAAGUUGCAUAGUCUCAAACCUUUUUUUUUAAUCUUCCUCUGUGUGGAAAUUAAGGUAAAAAAAAAAAGAACUUUUUUAUAUACGAAAAAGUAUUGUAAAACUAAGAUAAAGAUGUCGACCUUUGUUGUACCUUCGUAGACAAGAUCAGAAUUCGUGUGUUUGUUUUCUUGUCUGCAAGUACGGGAUUGGAUAUAUAAAUAUGUUUUUCUUU